AUGUCAUUACCUUUAAAAAAUUUGGAACCAUUUACUCUUAUUUGGCUUGAUCCUGAAAUAAGAUUACCCUCAACAUCGUCAACUUUUACAAAUGCACGAAAGAAAUUACGUGAAACAAUUAAUUUUUUAAUAGAUUUUUCUAACGCUGAUAAAUGUAUUGAUUAUAUUAAAGAUGAAGAUGCCAAAAAUAUUAUACUUAUAAUAGCAGGUCGUUUAGCUAGACGUAUUAUACCUUCAAUACACAAUUUUCAACAACUAAUCGCUAUUUACAUUACAUGUAGACCAGAAAAUGUAAUGAGAAAUCAAGAAGUCGCCAAACAAUAUCAUAAAGUAAGCAUAUUGAAAGUGUGA